UUGAUGCCUUUUCCUGCCCAGGUGGCCGUCUCUGUCUGCGGCUCGUUCGCACAGGUCGUCAUCACCGACGUCGGUGCUGCGCCUCGCAGUUGAUCGAAACGGCGUAGAAGUCACGCACGAAGAUACGAUUGGUACAGCACCUCGCAAGUGAGCAAAAUCAUGUCGCUCGUGUGAGGUAAUCGAGUUGAAAGGAUCCCAGGAACAGGAAUGUACAGUGACUCUCGAUGGGGCGUCUGUUUGCUGGCGAUGUGCUCGCACCGUACCUGAAAUUUCGUGCAGUUGACAUGCCCGCUGUACUAUUCCAGUAUGUUAUGUAUCUACAGUAUCGCGACACUGUUGUUUACGAUCAUCUUAAUAAUACGGCAGAUAACACAGAAAGCACGCAUGCGACGCGACAAAAGUGCAGAGCGAAAGCGCGCCUUCGUGAGAACGCGUUGAUCGCGAAACACGGGCCGAAAACCAGUGGUCCGAGCGUACCCGUGUGGUUCGGAAUGCCUGCCAGCCAAUCGUUUCCUCCAACGCGUCCUUGCAUUGAAACUCAAUGUUUGUGGACUUUGUUGCGCGUGAACGCGUCUCGCGCGCGUGCGGUCCUCGACGUUAAAUUGAUCUGGACUCGACGCGACGGCUGCUUCUACCAUCGAGAGCGCGCGAUUGAUGUGGAAAUGUCACGACUGACCUUUGGCAAUCGCAGCAUUCCAGGGUCGUAUCGAGUGCAGCUGGAUGAGCAGCUGGUGGACCGUAUUGUGUUCUUCACUACAGGCUGUCUCUGUGGGUACGAGGGCAGUGAAUUGCCUGCUAGGUCGUGGCUGGAUGAAAGGGAACAAAGCGACCGGCUCGUGAAAGCGCUGGCGGUAUUGUCGUCGAAACAACGAUAUCUAGGACAAUACGACGCGUGAUGCUUGCAUGUUAUUGUUAUUGUCAUUCUUGUUGUCGUUCUACUGUACAUACAUAGUACUAGAGUGUGCGACUGUGAAAGCGCCCGCUUCGAAUAAUUCAGCGCGCGUUCUUGCUCAAGCCUCGUGCACGGACCUUGGCGGAUCAAUCCACCUCUCAGGGCUUCCCUCG